GGCCUCCGCUGAUUGGUCACGAACACUCCGGACCCGGAACUGAGGCAUGUGGUCUGAUUUUGAAAAGCUGUAAACUGUAAAAGUGUGUAAACGCGAGCUGUCAUGUCAUGUGCGUGUUUUUAUGACAGGAGAUGAAGAAACAUGGAUCAGAUUCUCAGGGCUCUGUUACUACUGCUGAUAGCGCGCUUGCCGGCUUCAUUUCAAUGCUCAGGUGCUGUCAGCGAAGAUGGAGGAUGGGGACUGGAUUCCAGUCUGCAAGAUGAAGGCGAAUGCAACAUUGAGAUCAGAGAUGCAAACUCCAUAACACACACAGAGUUUAUAAAUGAGUAUGCUUAUGCAAAACCAGUUAUACUCCGAGGGCUUACAGACAACACAAAAUUCCGCUUCCUGUGCGCCAAAUCCAGUCUGUUGAGAGAAUAUGGAGAUAAAACAGUCCGCCUCAGCACAGCCAAUACACACUCAUACAGGAAAGUGGAUGUCCGGUUUGAAGAAUUUGUGAAGUUCCUGCUGACGCCUCAGUCUGAAGACACGCUGGGCAGUGAUACGCUGUACUUCUUUGGGGACAAUAACUUCACUGAGUGGCGUUCUCUGUUUGAGGAGUAUAAAGCACCACCUUUUUCUCUUCCUCUCACCCACCCUGCGUACAGCUUUGGGAUUGCUGGACCAGGAACUGGGGUCCCAUUUCACUGGCACGGCCCCGGAUACUCUGAAGUCAUCUACGGCAGGAAGCGCUGGUUUCUUUACCCACCUGACUUGGCACCUGAGUUUCACCCAAAUCACACCACUCUCUCCUGGGUCUCACAGUCGUACCUGGACCUGGAGCUCCACCAGCGGCCUCUGGAGUGCACGAUACGACCCGGAGAGGUGCUGUAUUUUCCUGACCGCUGGUGGCAUGCAACUUUAAAUCUGGACACCAGUGUCUUUAUUUCCACUUUUCUGGGAUGACGGCGGACACAAAUGAAGGACCAAUCAGGGAUUAAGACGCUCUCACCAUCCGUCCAUCAACUUGAACUCUUUGCCCCAGUUUUACAGACAGCACUUAAAGCUUAUUUAAUUUUUUUUUUUUUUAAAUAAGCUUAUCUUUUAACUUAUCUA